CCAAGGAGGCUCUGUGGCCACAGAGGCAGCUUUUCAUUUAUCAUCCAGCCAAAGUCCGACGUGUCCUCCUUUUCUUUCGUUUCUACCAUCUUCACUUUCCCUUCAACUCGUUACAAUCGUUUAUUGGCAAGUCUUCAGCACGAGAUUGUUGCGUGUGCUGCUCAAUUAAUCGUCUUGCACUUUCUUCGCAAGCGAACUCCGCCAAGCUGCCACCACCACCACCACUCUCGGUGACAUACACACACAUAUUCACAAGACGCCGCUGUCAAGGGAAAACACACGCGACUCCUCGCUUCUUUUAUUAUAAUCACCACUCCGUCCCGCAUACUCCCCGUGCUCCCCGUUAGCACCCACCCACCCAGCAUGGACGCCUUCGCUAAUACCAGCAUCACCGCUGAUGCGUACGCCAUGCCCAAGAUUGACGCCUCGGCCUCGGCGGCGUCUCGCCAAAAGAGCUGCAACGCCUGCGUCCGCGGAAAGCGUCGCUGCGACAAGCGAUCUCCGCGGUGUACCCGGUGCGCUGCCAAGGGCCUUGACUGCGUGUACCAGAAGUUGCCGCCCUCCGCCAUGACCUCCGCGACAGACAGCACCACCACUACCAUCUCCGGCGCGGCAAGCACCGCCGAGUCCAGUGGCACCUCGCCCGAGAUGGCGGACAUGCCGGACUUUGACAUGGGCUUUGAUAUGGAGAGCUUGGGCACCGAGACAAGCCCCGAGUCCCAGCAUCACCACCACAUCCCCCAUCACCACAUGCCCUCUGCCCAGACCGUCAACAUGCCUCUUGGUCCUGAGCUCGACUUCGACAUUGUCGACUUUAUGAACGCCGGCUCCAACGCCAACAACACUUCUCUCUUCAACUUCAACUCGGCCUUUACCGAGACCAGCAACAAGAUGCAGCUCAACCCUCUCCCCACUGCCCCUACCGUUGAGAUCGAACCCUCGCCAAUCCGCGACCUGUCCCUCCUUAAACCUGACGAUGCCUGCAUCGGUGUCGACCCAUCCGAGGCUCAUGAUCCUCGUACCUGCGCUGGCUUCAUGGUCAAGGAGAUCUCGAGUCUGCACGAGGUGUUUGCAAAGACCCGCGCUACGCCCUUUAUGCACCCGCAGCUUUGGGCCGGCAAGCUGCCCAAGACCAUGCUCUCUGCCUUCUCCGCCGCCUCUGCCUACGCUACAAGUACCCCAGAGAACAAGUCGUGGAUCAUGAAGCUUGUUGCCAACUCGGCCGUGCUUAUCCACCGCGAGGGCGAAAACGCCAACACCAACGCCGAGAAGCUUGCUCGCGUCCAGGCGCUCGUUGUGCUUGACGUCAUCCGCGUCUUUGACGGUGAUCUGAGUCUCCGCGCCUCCGCUGAUCGAGAGCGCAGCGUUCUUCUUUCAUGGAUGAAGGAGCUUCGACCUAUUGCUGUAGAGCUCGAGGCCGAGGCCGAGCUGCUAGGCGGCGGCUCUUGCACAUCGCGGGACAGACCCCCUAAGAGCUGGGAGAGCUGGGUCUUUCUCGAAUCCGUUCGCCGCACACAGCUCGUGUGCACGGCUUUCCUCUGUCUGCAAGUCCUGCUGCGUCAGGACGAUGCCCCCGAGGAAAUGUGGGCGCCCACCAGCUUCACGGCGUCCAAGAGCCUCUGGGAGGCCACAUCGUCAGUCGAGUUCUACAAGGCCUGGCGCGAGAAGCCCCAGUAUUUUAUCCGCAACUUCGACUUCAAGGAGUUCUGGCAGUACGGCCGCCUUGACGACAUGGACGAGUUUACUCGCCUCAUGCUGACGCCCCAAGUCGGUGUCGACGCCAUGGAGCACUUCCUAGCCGGCGACGUAUCGAUCCCCAUCUAAAGAGCGCUGGCUCGCAGACAUGAUUGUAUGAAUUGUUUAUGAAUGGUGUAGAGAGUACAUAUACACAGGACAUGAGUUUCCUGAAAAGAAGGCCCUGGGCAGCAGGCAGCCACGUCAGACCAAUCUCCCUCUCGGGUACAAGGCGUUUUUGGGUUUCACGGCGUUUUUUUUCGGUUCAGAUUUUAUCAGAUUGGUUCAUUUGGCUAUUAUAUAAUACAGGCCCCGAGGUAGCAAUGACUCCUCAACGGACAACGUUUUACUGAAGCAAACCUCCCAUGAUUCGUAAAUACGUGAAAUAAUCAUCUCCUACUCUUCGGAUACUUUCCAAACCAGCUUCUCGCCACUGACAGCCUGGUUUCUCAGUAAUGCCAGCGCUUUUUCUCCGCGCUCCAGCAUGGUGUUUCCCUCGACAAUGCGGACUUUGUUGGGCUUAACAACGCCCUGUGCCAGUAGUGUCGGUACAAUCUCUGAUUGCAUCUUGUCUUUGAAGAAGGCAUUCUAUAGCCAUGUUAGCACAGCUCUCUUCGGAUUUGUCCUUCUCGGUGGAUGUCGAUAUACUUACAUCAGUGUAAAAGUGUGUGCGCACGCCUCUUCUUACAACACCCUCGGCCCAUGCCUCAGGAAGAACCUUGGCAAUGUCCAUUUCGUAUUCUGGUGCUUCGCUACUCGAUGCGUGCUGAAGAAUAGCUGGAAGCAUAACAGCCACCUUUGUGUCCUUUUUAGCAAUCUUGGUCAACGGCUUCAGCGUGCCCUCGACGGAGCCAAUGCAGUCGACAAUAUAGGGAAUAUACGGAGCAGCGUUAUUGAUAUCUUCCACUGCGCCAGGCUUCGUAUAGUCAAAGACUUGCUUAGCGCCCAGCGCAAGCAGUGCCUCUCUGUGUCUACCGCUAGCUACGGCCAAGACGUUGCUGUAGCCCCAGUGCUUGAGCACUUGGAUCAGGUAGAAGCCAACACUUGAGCUUGCUCCCCAGAUUAGAAUGGGGUCUUGAGAAUGAAGUGGUGUCCAGUCUGCAGGACGCGGCCACGGCAGCUCGAGCUCGAGGUCUUUGGUGAUGGUGUGGAUGGCUGUGACGAGGUUGACGGAGACGGUGACGGCGUCCGUGAGGCUGAUGCCCUGCGGGAUCUUGGAGACCAGGUCGGCAGGGACAGUGAUGUAUUCCUGAUGAUUGGCCUCCUUUCCGCCGUGCCAUGCAAAGGUAGACACGGCAUCUCCAACAGCAAGACCCUUGACAUCACCUGUGCCAACCGCGACAACAACACCCGCCGCGCCGCCGCCAUGCGAGAGACGUGGGUAUGCAGCGAUGAGGAGCCCGCCAUCUGCUUGAUGCAGAUCGAGUGGCGUCGAUGUAGUCCACUUUACAUUAAUGAGGACUUCGUUUUCCUCGGGAGCGAAGACCUGUGUAGUUGUGGUGAUGAGCGGCUUGCGCUUUCCCGUCAGGGCGAGCGCUGUUUGUGUAGUGGGAAAAGACAUCGUGUGGUUGAUUGUUGACUUGGAAAAUUACCCAAAUGAAUAGAUAUGUGAUUUUGAUGAAUUUCCGUGAUUGGAUUGAGUUGGGCUGUGAGUCUAUAUAACUGUUCUGUCCGUGUACUUGCCUCUCAAAUCAAGGUUUCACCUGCGUCGGAGACGGAGACGGAAGCGGAGACGGAAGCGGGAUCUCGGCUUGCUGCCGACAGAGCCGCACAGCCUUAUGCAGCCAUUUAUAAUUCGGCCCAUCGUUGCAUUUGCUAUGCAGUGAAC